AUGGGAGCUUGUUUGAGUAUUGAGGGAGAGGAGGAUAAAUCUUCAAGCAAUAAACCAGACUUGAAUGAUGAAUCUGCAUCUCAUGCAAAAGGGAACACUGGUAGUUCGAACUCAAUCAUGAUAAUACCUAGAAAUAUAAAAGAUUUACGUGUAUGUCCAGGGAAUGGUGAUAUUGAUAUCUUCACAUAUGAGGAGAUGAAGUUGGCGAGCAGGAACUUCCGGCUGGAUCAGGUUCUUGGUGAUGGUGAUGGUGGCUUUGGUAUUGUCUAUAAAGGAGUUAUAGAAGAUAAUGUGAGGCCAGGGUAUAAGUCAACCACAGUGGCAAUCAAAGAGCUUGAUCCCCAUGGAUUACAAGGAGACCGAGAAUGGAUGGUUAAAAAGCCCCACCCGAGCAGAUUAUUGAGCUCACAAACCGAGCCACCCGAGCAGAUUAAAAAGCCCCAUCCGACAGAUUAA